AUGCCUGUGAACCGACGUGGCCUCUCCAUCGCCACUAAGAUUCGAGUGUACCGUGCAUCUGUCCGGUCUGUCCUUCUCUACGGUUGUGAAUGCCGGGAUUUGUGCGUGGAGGACGAGCGAAAACUGGAGGUAUUCGACCAACAAUGCUUGAGGACCAUCCUUCGAGUGAAGUUCGCCGACUUCGUCUCAAAUGAGACAGUCCGCGCUCGCUGCGACAACAUCGCAAGGAUAACCCAGGCCAUCCAAGGAAGACGACUGAAGUGGUUCGGGCACGUUCUUCAUCGUCCACCUCAGGAGCUCAGUGUUACUGCCCUCGAUCCGGCACCGUUGCCCCAUUGGAGGCGUCGAAGAGGGGGUCAGUUAAAAAGCAGGCUCGAGACAGUUCGCCAAGACAUGGAGGUGGUUAUUGGACCUUCGGUAUUCGGUCUCCGUCGUUGGCAAACGGAAUGGGUUGAGCUGUUUAGAUAUCUCGCCGCGGAUCGUCACGCGUGGAGAGGUACAGUUUGUGACAUGAUCGAGGCCGGCUAG